GCCCCCCGGCCGCUCCCCCUCACUCUUCUCCCCCUCCCGUUGGGUUCCCCCCCACCUCCAUCGAUCCCCGGCCGGGACUGACAACGAGAUCGCCGCCGGUUCUCGCUUCCCCGACUCAUCCUUGCCGGUCCCGGCUCGGUUGCUGCCAGCAGCGCGCACGCAGCUCCGGCGCUCACUCUGGACUUCUCCCCGGCGAGGGUGGAUGCGGGCGCCGCCGUUCGUGCCCCGGCCUUCCUCCUCCUCAAGGGCUCCCCGAUAGACAACGGCUGAUUGGGCGACCGCGACGCCGGCCUUGCUUCUCCUAGGGAAGCGCCUCUCUCUGUUUCUUGCUGCUGCAAAUCCUUCAUCGCAUCGGGAACAAGUGAUUGAAGAAGAAUCGAGGCGUGGGUGUUGAUCCGGGAUGGCCAAGAUCAGCUGCUUCGGUGCUCUGCUCGGUGGCAAGAGCAAGAAAUCCAAGGAUGUGAAGAAGGUUACGUACGCCAAAAGGGCCAACGGCAACGACUGGCAGAAGGUGAAGCCGGUGGAGUCCAUGGACGGGACGGUCGCCGCCUCCGUCGACAGCGCCCCUGCCCCAACAUGCCGCGACACAAAGGUUGUCGCCGCGGCGGCCGCCGAGUCGCCAUGCCAAGGCUGUGGCGACGACAAGGCCACCUCGCCAACGAGGGACGGCGCGGCCACGGACUCGUCCGGCUACAACAGCGACAAAGGUGAUACCGGCGCCGUAGUGCAGGACGUGGUGAGCGAGCUGCCGGGGACUCCAACGAGGCUGGAGCGCUCCUGCUCCAACAUCGAGACGGCGAGGCCUGGCUGGAAGGCGUCCGACCUGCUGCCGCCGCCGGCCAAGUCGCGCUCCCACGGUGACCUCGCGACCUUGCCCGCCGGCGCCGGUAGCUUGUUCGCCAGCCCCAACGGCGCACCGGGCUGCUCCAGCCCGGCGCCUUCCGUCAAGUCGACGUGCAGCGCGGACCGCGUGAUGCUGAAGCGGAGGUCGUCCAGCCAGGUGCUCCCGUCCCGGAGCCGGAAGCUGUGGUGGAGGCUCUUCAUGUGGAGCCACCGGAACCUGCACCGGCCGGGCGCGGCCACCACACCGAUCGCCAUGCCACGCGGGGGCACAGCCCACCAGAUGUUCCACUCCAACCACCGCCAGCAGCACGACGGGUACACGUCCGACACGCUCGGCAAUUGCAAGGACAAGGAGAUCGCCGCCGUGGAGGAAGAGCCGGCGUGCCCGAACCAGUGGGUGGCGUUCUCGGCGGAGGCCUCGUCGCCGCUGGACCGCGUCAGCGCGUGGGUGAGCAGCCUCGGGGACGGCUCCCUGAUCCACGCCGCGGAUGAGGAGGAUGAGGAGGACGAGGACGGCAUCACCGAGACCGAGAUCGGCGAGCCGUCGGGGACGAAGGGCCACGCGCAGGCGCAGGCGCAGACCCGGCAUAACCGGCGCAGCCGCGCGGCGGACGAGGCGGUCCAGCAGGCGAGCAGCAUCGUGCAGACGCUCAACGCCUUGUCCUCGGUGGCGCACAUCUCCGGCAUGGGGCUCAAGGCCGUGCCCCUGAUCUCGGCCUUCUCCAGCCUCCGCGCCGUGAACCUCUCCGGCAACUUCAUCGCCCACAUCCCGGCUGGGUCGUUGCCCAAGGGGCUGCACACGCUGGACCUGUCCCGGAACAGCAUCGCCACCAUCGAGGGCCUGCGGGAGCUGACGCGGCUGCGCGUGCUCAGCCUCAGCUACAACCGCAUCGCGCGCAUCGGGCACGGGCUGUCGAGCUGCACGGCGAUCAGGGAGCUGUACCUGGCCGGGAACAAGAUGAGCGACGUGGAGGGGCUGCACCGGCUGCUCAAGCUGGCGGUGCUGGACCUGAGCUUCAACAAGAUCACCACCACCAAGGGGCUGGGGCAGCUCGUGGCCAACUACAACUCGCUCCGGGCGCUCAACCUGCUGGGCAACCCGGUGCAGGCCAACGUGGGCGACGACGCGCUCCGCAAGGCCGUCUCGGGCCUCCUGCCGCUGCUCGAGUACCUGAGCAAGCAGGCCCUCAAGCCGCAGCGCGCGCGCGAGGCCGUCAAGGACAGCGUCGCCAAGGCCGCCCUCGGGAACAACCGCUGGAGCUCCCGCCGGCGCCCGGGCUCGGCGGCGCGCCGGCUUGGGCAGAGCCCCGGGGCCAGGAGCUGGGACAGGGAUGGCAGCAGCAGGAGCAGGUCCCAGUCCCAGAGCAGGGUUCAGGCAAGGAGGUGAGACUCGACGGUCGACCAGGCUACAGAUUAGCCGUGUCCACGUUGAUCACCCUCUGCUGGACUUCACGGCGUUGAGACUUGAGACUGGAGAGUGAAGUUGCAUUGCAUGCGCUGGGAAUAACUGCAAACGUUGUGAGACCCGAAAGGUGCUUGGAAAACGAGUGUAGUAGUAGUUAUUUUUUUCGAAAAGGAGGCAUGGCCCCGGCCUCUCUGCAUCGAAAAGUAGUGUAGUAGUAGUGGUGGUAGUAUUUUAAGCCUUUCCUGAUGAGCCCGAAAUGAUUCAGGAAAGAAUAGCCGUGCAGAUGAUGUGUCAGGGUUCAUGUAAAUUGCGAGAUCGACUCAGUUUGAGAAAGGAAAAAUAUCGUCACUGGCUCCUCCA